CGCUGCGCGUGUGUAGGGACCCAUUUUUGGUGUGUGUGUGUGUGUGUCAGAGAGAGAGAGAGGCAGAGUUAAACAAGGGCGCCAGCUCAUGAAUAUUAAUUAGCUGGGGCAGCCAUAAAACCGGAAGUGCGAAGAAAGGGGGUUGGUCCCAUUCAGCAUCCAAAGAAGAAGCAACAUCUCGCCGCUCUUUCGUCAGACUUGAAGCGUGCGCGGCUUCGGAACCACCAUGGCUCUCAGGGGACAAGUGGGCCGCCUUAUCCGGACCCGGGCGCUCUGCGGCGGCGGCGGCGGGCAGUCGAGCCGAGCCCAUUCGGUGGCGGUGCUGGGGGCUCCGUUCUCCCGAGGACAGAAACGAAGGGGAGUGGAACACGGGCCCAAAGUCAUCCGGGAUGCGGGACUCAUCGAGAGGCUGUCCGGUUUAGAUUACGCCGUGCACGACUUUGGCGACCUCGCCUUCCAUCACCCGCAGACAGACGAACCCUACAUGAACGUCAAGUUCCCUCGCACGGUGGGCGCCGCCAAUAAGAAGCUGUCUGGCGCCGUGAGCCGAGCGGUGGGCAGCGGCCACACCCUCGUCGUGCUGGGAGGCGACCACAGCCUCGCCGUGGGCUCCGUGGCAGGCCACGCCCAGCAGUGUCCCGACCUGUGUCUCAUCUGGAUCGACGCUCACGCCGACAUCAACACGCCCGUGACGUCGCCGUCGGGGAACCUCCACGGACAGCCAGUGGCCUUCAUGCUGAAGGAGCUGCGAGACAAGAUCCCUGACAUUCCCGGAUUCUCCUGGGUGAAGCCGUUCCUCUCCUGCAGGGACCUGGUCUACAUCGGGCUGAGGGAUGUGGACCCUGGAGAGUACCACAUUAUGAAGAAUUUGGGCAUCCAGUACUUCACCAUGAGGGACAUCGACAGACUGGGCAUCCAGAGGGUGACGGAGGUGGCUCUGGACCACGUCCUGGCCAGGAAACAAAGACCCAUCCACCUGAGCUUCGACAUCGACGCCUUCGACCCGUCUUUGGCGCCCGCCACAGGAACGCGUGUGAACGGGGGGCUGACCUACAGGGAGGGCAUCUACAUCACCGAGGAAAUUCACAAUACAGGUCUGCUGUCCGUCAUGGAUCUGGUGGAAGUGAACCCGGUCUUGGGGCCCAACCGGGAGGCCGUGGAGGCCACCGCAUCCCUGGCCGUGGACGUCAUCGCGUCGUCUCUGGGACAGACGAGAGAAGGCGCUCACGUGGUCCUGGACGAGAUCCCCUCCGUGAAGGAGGACGACACGGAGCAGCUUUGCCUCUGAGGGGCGGGGGGGCACCGGGACACAAACUUGAGCAUUCCAGGUGUUGCAUCCAAGACUGCACAGUCCAAGUAGCUGGAGGUGUUUUUUUUUUUUUUUUUAGUUGGUCCACCAUCUUCAUCGCAUCACCAAGUAUUUAACCCUGAAGGUAUUUCCCAAUGGUUUGCCGUGAAACAUCCGGGGUCUCAAACUCACGGUCUGCAGGCCCGUUCCCUGCACCCUACUCAAAUCAGACGUCAAGUUUAACGUUAAGUGCGGGAUUUAGCUUCCUUUAGCUUCCUUAAAGGACUCAUUGGACAACAGUACGGUCAUGGUACCAACACCAAACAGGAAGUAAACACAUAGCGGUGUCCAAGGUGUGGCCCAAGACCCCUUAUAUUAGCGAAAAUUAGCCUUUAGCAGGAAAAAUCUACAGCAAAAAUUGAAAAUUCAUUUCACAACAUGAAAGGUUAAAAAAAAAACGGUACGGUCAUGGUACCAACACCAAACAGGAAGUAAACACAUAGCGGUGUCCAAGGUGUGGCCCAAGACCCCUUAUAUUAGCGAAAAUUAGCCUUUAGCAAGAAAACUCUACAGCAAAAAUGUAAAAUUCAUUUCACAACAACAAGGUUAAAAAAAAGGGUACGGUCAUGGUACCAACACCAAACAGGAAGUAAAAACACAUACCGCCGCAGGGGUGUCCAAGGUGUGGCCCAAGACACGUUAUAUUAGCGAAAAUUAGCCUUUAGCAAAAAAAAUCUCUACAGCAAAAAUGUAAAAUUCAUUUCACAACAAGGUUAAAAAAAACGGUACGGUCAUGGUACCAACACCAAACAGGAAGUAAACACAUACCGCCGCAGGGGUGUCCAAGGUGUGGCCCAAGACCCCUUAUAUUAGCGAAAAUUAGCCUUUAGCAGGAAAAAUCUACAGCAAAAAUUGAAAAUUCAUUUCACAACAUGAAAGGUUAAAAAAAAAACGGUACGGUCAUGGUACCAACACCAAACAGGAAGUAAACACAUAGCGGUGUCCAAGGUGUGGCCCAAGACCCCUUAUAUUAGCGAAAAUUAGCCUUUAGCAAGAAAACUCUACAGCAAAAAUGUAAAAUUCAUUUCACAACAACAAGGUUAAAAAAAAGGGUACGGUCAUGGUACCAACACCAAACAGGAAGUAAAAACACAUACCGCCGCAGGGGUGUCCAAGGUGUGGCCCAAGACACGUUAUAUUAGCGAAAAUUAGCCUUUAGCAAAAAAAAUCUCUACAGCAAAAAUGUAAAAUUCAUUUCACAACAAGGUUAAAAAAAACGGUACGGUCAUGGUACCAACACCAAACAGGAAGUAAACACAUACCGCCGCAGGGGUGUCCAAGGUGUGGCCCAAGACCCCUUAUAUUAGCGAAAAUUAGCCUUUAGCAAGAAAACUCUACAGCAAAAAUUAAAAAUUCAUUUUACAACAACAAGGUUAAAAAAAACAGUACGGUCAUGCUACCAACACCAAACAGGAAGUAAACACCACCGCCGCAGGGGUGUCCAAGGUGUGGCCCAAGACACCUUAUAGUAGCGAAUAUUAGCCUUUAGCAAGAAAACUCUACAGCAAAAAUUGAAAAUUCAUUUUACAACAACAAGGUUAAAAAAAGUAGUAAUAAAAAUUAUGUUAUUUUAGGGCGGCACGGCGGUCGAGUGGUUAGCUCGCAGACCUCACAACUAGGAGACCAGGGUUCAAUUCCACCCUGGGCCAUCUCUGUGUGGAGUUUGCAUGUUCUCCCCGUGCAUGCGUGGGUUUUCUCCGGGUACUCCGGUUUCCUCCCACAUUCCAAAAAAACAUGCUAGGUUAAUUAGCGACUCCAAAUUGUCCAUAGGUAUGAAUGUGAGUGUGAAUGGUUGUUUGUCUAUAUAUCUAUAUGUGCCCUGUGAUUGGCUGGCCACCAGUCCAGGGUGUACCCCGCCUCUCACCUGAAGACAGCUGGGAUAGGCUCCAGCACCCCGUGAGGAAAAGCGGUAGAAAAUGAAUAUUUUAUAAAAAUAUACCUUGAUAUGCUACAAAAAUAAAGUCAAAAUAUUAAGGGAAUAAAGUCAUAAUGAUAGGGAUGGAAAUUAGCAAGAAGUUGAAAUAGUUGGAAAAUUACCAAAGAAUGAUAAGACAAAUUCAUGACCACAUUGCCGGUUAGGCUUCUGUGGACGCGGGCCCCCCCGGGUCAACUGAGUUUGAGACCCCCGAUUUAGACAGAAACUAGAUCGCAAGCUACUAACUUAUUGGACUAUUUAGAGUAAGAAUGGUAUUUAUGAUGAUGAUGAUGACGUUGAUGAGCUGUUUGGCAGGAGAAAGCGCCUGCCUCAAACAUGUCCGCGCUUGUGUGUGUCGUUUUCUUUUGGAGCUGUGCUUUUUAGUCGAGGCCAGCAGUCAUGUUUGCACUUUUGGACCAGCUGCGGUUCCCGUAUUGUCCUGAUUAAUGUCGAUGUUCACGGACCCGAAGUUGUUCAGGAUGUUCCGCUAUUAAAAGAUCACUGUCUGGUCUUCCAUAGGA